AUGACUAUGAUGACGCCUCCCCCUCUCGAUGUAAGUUUAACGCAGAAUUCCUGCUGUCCCUUUCCCCAUGUCUCGCGCUGUGUGCGCGAGUGUGUGAGGGGCGGGGGGGUGAGGGGGAAGGGUGUUUCCCGCUCGCGCUCCCCACUCCUCAUCCGCACUCGUGUGACCUAACCAUUACAUUCCUGCUUCUUGGUCGCGCACUGCCUUCUCGACGGCUCAACUCCGUUCCCCCCGGCUUCUAGGCCUUCGGGGCCCGACGCGGUGCCGUGGGGCUGGCAAUCGCGCAAUUCUUGUAAAUUGCGCGACCUAUGAGAUCGGGCUAUGUGUGCGCCGGGUUCGAUCGGUGGUAUUGCGGGGUUUGGUGGAUCUAUCUGAUUGGGUUCUCUCUGUCUCUCCCUCUCUCUGUACGUCUUUGUUUUCCGCAGCAGGAGGAGGACGAGAUGCUAGUGCCGCAUUCAGAUUUCGUGGAAGGUCCGCAGCCGAUGGAAGGUAGGCCCGAACAUUCUCAUUGGUCUAGGGUUUAUGAUCUACCGGGAAUGACACUCCCCUUGGAUGGAAAAUGCACCAUUUAUCAUUUUGUUUCGGUCUUGUGAUAAAGUAGUUGUUGUCCUCUUUUUUUUACAUGGUCUUGGUGAUUUAUUUUUCGUAGCUUCCAGAUUUUCCUUUUCAUCUCAUUCCUCUUCUGUUUAAAUUACAGUGGUUGCCCCACAGACAGAGACUGUCAGCACCGCGGAGAAUCAGCAGCUGGAGGAUCCUCCGUCAUCCAGGUUCACAUGGACGAUUGAGAACUUCUCCAGGCUGAACACCAAGAAGCUUUACUCGGAGAUUUUUGUUGUUGGCGGAUACAAAUGGUAUGAAGACUGUUGAAUAGUAAUUUCUUUUUUGGCUUCCUAUCGCAGUUUAUCUCACAAAGCCUAAGUGUAACAGCUGAGGAAGAAAGCUUGAUAGUUUCGCAUGGGGUAUGUUUUGGCAGGAGAGUGCUAAUCUUUCCGAAGGGAAACAAUGUAGACCACUUGUCUAUGUACCUGGAUGUUGCUGACUCGGCGAAUCUGCCUUAUGGCUGGAGCAGAUAUGCUCAGUUCAGUUUAACUGUUAUUAAUCAGAUACAGAACAAAUACACCAUCAGGAAAGGUACGUAUUUCAGUACUAGAUAUACUUUGAUUGGAUAUUAUUGGAAGACUUGGAUCUACAGCUCUCUUGUCGAUUGAUAUCCAUGGGCAUAUAUUAGGAACAUGUUGCAGUCAUGUUACAAUCUCAUACCUACCGUACUGCAUACUUGCAGUGUUUUUGAGUGUCCUUCUUGAACUUCCAUAGACUUCUUAUUGUCCUGCGUGCAUGAAUUUUUAUUAGACCCACGGAUCGAAAGAUUUUACCUAUCGAAAUUGAUCUGUAAAAUUCUUAUGAAAUCUUCUGUGGCACUGACGUUCUUCACUUAUUUGGUGAACACUACUUGAUUGAUUUUAAUCUACUGAUGUUGCACUGGAUCCUGAUUCAUGCGAGUGACUCUUUCGUUAUUAGGAUUUAGUUUCUAUUUUAGAAAAUUGGCAAUUAUUUGUUUCUUGUGCAUCUUUUGGAAGACAAGUUGGUAGCUUUGGGGGAACAUUCCUCUGACGAUUUUUGCAUAUUUCAGAGACACAACACCAAUUUAAUGUCCGUGAAAGUGAUUGGGGUUUCACAUCAUUCAUGCCCCUUAGUGAACUUUAUGACCCAAGCAGAGGGUACCUUGUCAACGAUACGUGUAUAGUUGAGGCUGAAGUUGCUGUUCGUAGAGUGGUCGACUACUGGACAUAUGAUUCGAAGAAGGAAACAGGUUAUGUUGGCCUUAAGAAUCAAGGGGCUACCUGUUACAUGAAUUCUCUUCUUCAGACUCUGUAUCAUAUUCCUUAUUUCAGAAAGGUUUGGAUAUUGGAUAUUUUCUUACCAUUUAUUCUUAGUCUAUACUCUUUGGUGGUGCUACAAGCAUUCAUUGAAUGGAAAACAUUUAUUUGAGUUACACGUUUCAGGCUGUGUAUCAUAUGCCCACAACUGAGAAUGAUAUGCCAUCCGGAAGUAUUCCUCUAGCCUUGCAGAGCUUGUUCUACAAGCUUCAGUACAGUGACAAUAGCGUUGCUACAAAGGAGCUUACAAAAUCUUUUGGAUGGGACACUUAUGACUCGUUCAUGCAGCAUGACGUCCAAGAGCUUAAUAGGGUUCUCUGCGAGAAGUUGGAAGAUAAAAUGAAGGUCCCUCUUUCUUUUUCGGUUAAUUUCUCAUCUUGACAUCUGCAGUUUUCAUGUUAUGUCACUGUGUUAAUUUGCUUUUUGUUCAGGGAACGGUUGUUGAGGGGACUAUUCAGCAUUUGUUUGAAGGUCAUCACAUGAAUUACAUUGAAUGCAUCAAUGUGGAUUACAAAUCUACGAGAAAAGAGUCAUUCUAUGGUGCAUUUUCUGACUGGAUUGUCCUCUGAAUGUGGAAAUGUUCUUUUGAUUAUUCUAACUUGCUCUUUAAUCUUGACUCUUUGGUAACGUUUUUUAUUGCAGAUCUCCAACUUGAUGUGAAAGGCUGUAGGGACGUUUAUGCAUCUUUUGACAAAUAUGUUGAAGUUGAGCAACUUGAAGGAGAUAACAAGUAUCAUGCAGAACAAUAUGGCCUGCAAGUAGGUUGCUUUUGUCAAAAUAGCUUUCUGUCCAUCGAUUGCAUAAAAGCUUAGCUAUUAAAGUGAUCCAGUUGUACAAUAUCAGCUGGGAAAGUGGGAUAGCUGUACAAUAAUUGUAGUGCUCCAUAAAUGAAUCAUUUUUCAAUUAUUUUACCCUAACCGUUGUUUAUAUUGCUUAUUUUUUUAUUAUUCUGAAGGUUUCAUAUUAUCAGAGGUAUUUGAUAAACACUGAGUCUGGUUUAUUUUGUUUGGUCAAUUGUCUGGCUCCCAUUGGUCUGUGUUUUUAGAUAGGCACAUACCCAGAUCCACAUUUGUGUGUUUGUUCCAUAUUCCUUUAGGUUUUGUUGUGAUAUCAUUUUUAAAUAUCUUUUGGCACAUCAUCAAUGAGGUGAAAAAAAUGGCGAACAAAAUCAAUGCAAAAAGCGGUAUGUUAAAUUUUUUGAAACGUGUCUGCUUCUUACCAGUGUACUCAUCUAUUUCUGUAGUCUGCACGGUGCUCUUUUUAUGUUAGGGUGUGACAGUUUUUCCUGGGUUAUAAACUUCUUCCCUGGUGCCAACGCCGUCAAUAGAUGUGCAUUCUCCAGUCUAGUUGGUUUCCGAACUCUCUUCACACCCCAUAAGGAAAACUGUAUCACAGAUGGGGUACACAUAGAUGGGUGUACAUUAUGAAGACUAUUUUUAUGUCAAUUAUGUUUAUGCAUUACAGCUACUGAAGAAUGCUAAUUGUGAUGCUUCCGAUUUCAUCUCAUUAGAUUUCAUCUGUCAGAGAAACCAUCUGACAAAUUGGUAUUUGCACAUUUCAGGAUGCUAAGAAAGGUGUUUUAUUCAUUGAUUUUCCUCCUGUCCUGCAACUUCAGCUAAAACGUUUCGAAUAUGAUUUUUUGCGGGACACAAUGGUGAAGGUUGGUAUUUAAGAAAGGAUUAACAGAAUAUUAUGCAAUUCCUUGAUAGUGAUAAUUCUCUGUGGCUUGCUUAUGCAAUUAAGUUUUCUUUUUAUUAUCAUGAAGACUGAUGUAGCAUAGAUAAGGUUUGUAGAAACCAUCUGAUUAUUUCGGUUUCACAGUAGUCUCUGUUGAGGUUCUGUUUGGGACAACUCUGGAGUAUGGGCCCUUCUCUAGAGAAGGGAGGGAAACCCAUGAGUUAUAAUAAAUUUCAAUUGGAUGCUGACCUGUGUGUUAGGAAUGACUUUUAAUGCCGUCAUCAUAAGAUUUUUUGGGAUGAGAAAGAGAGGACUCUUUCUUGUGGAGUAUGGUCAGUUGUGAAAAGAGUCUUUUUUGGCUCAUGUAAACUAGGGAGAUUUAAAAACCAUUCAUUCAGAAUUGCUUUAUGCAAUCUACCUUUCUAGUCUAGCUUUUUAUCAUCUUUAUAUUUUCUUGUUCGUUGGACAUUGGCAAACACAAGCAAUUUAAUGUAUAUUUAUAGUAGUGUAUAAAUUAUGAUGAGUUGAGAUGAUGGUAUGACCUAAAUUGGGGGAAAUAUUUAAGAGGAUGGAUGUGAGAGGACUUGAUAUCAUCAUUACUUCGAAAUUUCAAUUUGGCUGUGCAUACUGUGGUAAUGGGGAAUUGAAGCAGGGUCUUUUUUUGGAGGCAAUUAAACAACAGCAUGAGUUCUGAAGCAUAAUUAAUUUAAUUCCAGAUGAUGUCAGUAAUAUUUUCAAGGUAUGGUAGAACUCUAUCAGAUAUGUGGUGGCAUCAGGGAUGGAGAUUCAACUCGUUUUUGGAGGGAUAAGUGUCAUUGGAUAUCUUCGUUUAAGGUUAAAUUUUACCUUCGUUUCAGGGCGGCGCUUGAUCCUCAACUCAGUGUUCCUGUCUUCAAUCUUGUAGCAUAGAGAGGAGAAUGACGGCCUAGUUUCAGGAGUAACCACAUACAUAUGGUCGUUAAGCAACUUUUGGUCUACCCCAUGCUGUGUUACAAAAUGCCUUCUUUUUUCUGAGAAGCUUUUAGUGUAGAUGUUCUCACAUGACAAGUUACCUACAUGUGAUCUUCUGGGUGCCUUUUGGGAUAACUUGAUAUGUAUGCAAUAUCUGGGGGGGAAGAAGAAUUGUUGGGGCAUCUGUUUCAUGAUCGUCCAUUUCAACUAGAGUUUGGCACUCACUACAUCUUACACUCGGUAUAUGGUGGUAGCUUUUGAGUUUUGUUGAUGAGUCUUGGGAAAGAUGGAAUUGAACGGUCUCAAUAAUUAGAUUUCAAGACAUGGCAGCUCGUUCUUCAUGUAAUAAUCGGCGACUUGGGUUUUGACAUACAGUCUUAUCUUUCCAUUUGUAUAUGUAAUAAGUUUUACAUGAUUUAUAAAAAUUAUGCGAAAAAAAGAUUUUUAUGAUUUUAAUAUCUGCUCUGCACUUUAUCUUAAUUUUCAAUUAAUUGAUAAUUGAUAAAAUGUAUUUUCAAUAAACGUAUACAUUCUUAUGUUUUUCAUCUAAUGUGCUAUUGAAGCUCUGGAUCAACCCAGGGUUUUUAGAGUCAUUAUUCUUUUUCAUCUUUAUUCGGUCGUCUUUGAAUACAACAAUCUCAGGAUGGUGGUUUGGGGUCUGUACUAAACUGUUUUUGAUUGUGUUUUUGUUUGCAAGUUGUCUAUUAUUUUCUAUCCUGACAUCUUUUUAACAAUUUUUAUUUUCUACUUUUCCAGAUAAAUGACCGUUACGAAUUCCCCUUGCAAUUAGAUCUUGAUAGGGAGAAUGGCAAGUAUCUGUCCCCUGAAGCAGACAGAAGUGUUCGUAACCUCUACACACUUCAUAGGUAGUCCAAAGUUGAUACUAGUAAUGCUUUUUUUCAGUGUAAAUUUUGUAGAAAGUGCUUCGUUGUUUUCCCACAGUCAAACACCCAAAUGGAUAGUUGUCGUCAUGUGCGUAGGAAAACAUUCAUCCAUAGGCCGAUGACAUGCUUUCAUGUCAUGAAUUUACCAUGUCUUUAUAUGAUACUGAAGUUUCGUGAGAAAUUUUUUGUUUGAUGAACAUGCUCCACUAAGACUUGUGUUGCCCAAUUGCUGCAGCCAGUUUGCCUACACUGCUAAUUGUGGGUCUCCAAAUUGAUUAAGCUUUUCUCAUUCUCCUAUUGGGAUUCUCCCAUUUGAUGGCAUCCUAUCAUUUACUGUCCUUUCAUAAUACAUUCUAGAAGAAAUAGCUCCUGAUGCUUUUUGUUUCCCGCUUACUGCUCUGAGCCUGCUAAAAAUGGACGGCUAGUAAGCGAUUUCUGCUGGAUGACACUUAUUUGGAUGCUGCUCUCGUAGUACGAGUGGUCUCUUCAAACAAAGGUAGUCCUAGAUGUUUCGUAGUGUCUGCCAUACCUGGAGAGAAAUGGUAGUGGUGAACCGUCAAAACCCUGGAACUGAUGGGAGCAUAUGAUUUUUUCAGGAAAAUAUAGCUUUGCUAUCAUAAGGUUGUCUAUAAUUGCCCUUCUAAAUUUUCGUUUGCCUGCGCAAUGCUACCAAUCUGUUUCCAACAUUUUGGAAAUAACACUGAUGCAUCCAUAGAUUAAGCUAAUUGAUUGAAUUGAAUGAGUUUUAUUUUACUGCAGAUAAACUAUAUUUGAUCGACUAUUGUGUCUGACCCUCUUCUCACUAUUGUGUUCUUGCUUAUCUUACCUAAUGGACCUCAUUGUCUUUGCUGAGAUUCUCCGGGUCAUUUUCUUUAGAUUUUUCUGUUGCCUUCCUCUUGUAAUGAGAACUCUUACCAUCCUGCAAAACUGCACAAUUCAGCUGCAGUUUCCUUUGAUGCGGUUGUGUUACUCUGAUCGCCUUGGAAAUUUCUAUGCAAUUAAUUUUUUUUAAAUAUUUUUGAGAGAAUGCUUCUCUUUUAUUCCUUGCAUAAAUUGUGUGUCGGUAUAUUUUCUCUUACUUUUAGUUUCUGUUUUAUGCAUAACAAAUGUUCCAUCUUUUCUAUUUUGCAGUGUUCUUGUCCAUAGCGGUGGGGUGCACGGGGGCCACUACUAUGCUUUUAUUCGACCAACACUUUCCGAUCAGUGGUACAUAUUUUUCUUUGCUUAUCUGAAUACCCUGAUUACUUCUUUAUCCUUUUUUUAAGAUCCGCCAUUGAAGACGCUCAUGGCUAUGCCUACUGAAUGAACCAUGCCUUCAUCUUUUUAAAGUGUCAUUCAUGAUGUGAUUCUACUCUGUUGUUUCACCAUCCAUUUUCUAAUGAAUUUUUCGGUUGAUGGGUUAGUUAUUUAAAUUUAUGAAUACAUAAAAUGAAAAGACCAUCAAUCCUCUUUUAAGGUACUGGAUACUUGUCACAUCUCUAUCUCUUGCUUGUUACUACAACAAUGAUGUUAUCUUUUGGUGAAAUAGAAUUGAUGGAUGGCUGACGUGAGAAAUAUAUGUUGGUGGUACAUCAAGGGUGUAUGGACUGUUUUUUUUCUAAGAUCGCAUCCAAUGGCUAAAAUUUCAGGUUCAAGUUUGAUGAUGAAAGGGUAACAAAGGAAGACACAAAGAGGGCAUUAGAGGAACAAUAUGGUGGUGAAGAAGAGGUAAUGAUAUUGAAUUCGAAACAGUUAUUUGCUCCUGUGCUUGUGUUUUUCCUUAUGGAUUUGCUUUUCUAUGUUAUGCCUUUUUUCCCCAACAGUUGCCUCAGGCAAAUCCUGGAUUCAACAAUACUCCUUUCAAAUUUACAAAGUAUUCAAAUGCAUAUAUGCUUGUGUAUAUUCGUGAGAGCGACAAGGAAAAGAUAAUCUGCAAUGUGGAUGAGAAAGACAUUGCCGAACAUCUUAGGGUGAGAAGAUUUUAGAGUUUCUUCUUUUAAUGGUUCUUUUUAGAAAACUUGCUGUUGUAACGUGCAGAAAUUUCUUGUCAGGUGAGAUUAAAGAAAGAACAAGAAGAAAAAGAGCACAAAAAGAAAGAGAAAGCUGAAGCUCACCUGUACACUGUUAUAAAGGUCUGUUCUUCUUCUUCAGUCCUUACUACGCUUCGAAGUUUCAUUGAUUAUAGCAACAAUCUCUGAAUGUUAUAUAUUUUCGUGUUGAUGCAAUACAUACAGGUUGCUCGGGAUGAGGAUUUGGCAGAGCAGAUAGGCAGAGAUAUAUAUUUUGACCUUGUAGAUCAUGACAAAGUCCGCAGCUUCCGUAUUCAGAAGCAGAUGCCUUUCUAUCUUUUCAAGGUUUGUUUUCAAAGAUUUUUAGUAUGUCUGUGUGGGAUUUUUUUAAACUGGGGUCAUAUUGAUCCAUUGGGAAAUUUAUUUGCAUUUGUGUUUUUGUCAUUGCCCAUGAAUGACACUUCUACGUCAUUUUGCAACAGGCUCUAUUUGGGUCUGGAGCUACAUCGUAUGCCAUGCCACAUGCAUAUAGCAAAAUAUACUGGUUUUCAUUGAUCAUUCUAAAUGAUUGUGUCCUCCUUAAAUUAUUUGUGUAUAUUUCUCAACCCUUUAAAAAACUGACUGAGUUUACUUAGGAUGAGGUGCGUGGAUAGUUGUUUGACCUAUUUGUGCGUAUUCUUUAAUGUCUCUGUUUGUUGACGUGAUCUUGAGUGGAGAUCAGUUUGUGUAAAUAAUUGCUGUAGUGCAACAUCAUGACACUGGUUCACAUUGUGAUUUUAAUUCCUCUAGUAAGAAUGUCUGCGUAACCUAUCUUCUGAUACUGGUUUGUUUCUGCCGCUGCUUUUAUUAAUGAUGUUGACAUUGUGAUAUAAUUCAUAUGUUCUGUAGGAAGAGGUGGCAAAAGAAUUUGCCAUCCCAGUACAAUGCCAACGGUUCUGGCUGUGGGCUAAGCGUCAGAACCACACAUAUCGUCCAAAUAGGCCCUUGACUCCGCAGGAAGAAGCACAAUCUGUAAUUGCUUCGCAUAUGUUCUUCUGGACCUUCUGAUAUCAUACUUUUUUCAUUUCUACGGCAAAGAGUCAUCAUUUUGAACUCCGUGGUCGUUGCAGGUUGGGCUAUUAAGGGAAGUAUCAAAUAAGGCUCAUAAUGCUGAGCUUAAGCUGUUCUUGGAGGUGGAGGUUGGGCUGGUAAAAAGCGCUGUCAUUUUAAAACAUGUGAUUAUCUUCCUUAAUUAUUGGCUUUGUUUUUGGCUUAGUAGCUGAUUAAGGACUGUUUUUGGUGGCCAGGAUUUGCGUCCAAUUCCUCCUCCUGAGAAGACCAAGGAAGAUAUACUGCUUUUUUUCAAGCUCUAUGAUCCAGAAAAAGAAGAGCUUAGGUAGCCAUUGUUUUGUUGCGUAUGAAAUACACACAGGAUUAACUCUUCCUGUGUUUGUGAUGAAGUUUCUUUCCAUGCAUUCAGAUACGUGGGCAGACUUUUUGUGAAGACAAUAGGAAAGCCAUUGGAAAUUCUGAGGAAGCUCAAUGAAAUGGCUGGUUUUGACGCAAAUGAAGAAAUUGAACUUUAUGAGGUCUUAUUUAUGAUCCCUGUUGAUUCCAGUCUUUUCUAAUGUGGUCAUGUUCUCUUACUAACGGGCCCUUGUUGUGUUUGUGACUGUUGGCGAAACUUCUUUGUGUAGGAAAUAAAAUUUGAACCCAGUGUGAUGUGUGAACAUAUUGACAAGAAACUCACUUUUCGGUCUAGCCAGGUAUUAGUUUUUCAUUUUGCGGUAAAUACUACUCAGCAUAAUUCGCGUUUUGUUGUAAGCCUUGUUUAAAUGAUGGACAGUAUUCAUACGUGCGUGAAAAAUGCAUGGAGAAGUUUGUCUACAUUCGUGACAAACAUUUGCAACUUGCUCUUUGCAUUUUUCAUUUACUUACUGGUCGUUUUAAUUCCUACCAUAAGUCUUUUACUAGACACUCUUUUUGAAUUUUUUGCGAUUCUUAUUUUAACAUUUCUGUUUUUGUUCUCUUUAGGCAUAAUUGAAACCUCUGGCUACAUUCAAACUUUUUCUUUCUGAUUUUGCUUUAUGCAGAUCGAGGAUGGUGACAUAAUUUGCUAUCAGAAGUCUCCUCUACCAGAGAGUGAUGAAAUGUGUCGUUAUCCAGAUGUCCCCUCCUUUUUGGAAUAUGUCCAUAAUCGCCAGGUAUACUUAUUGUAUUAUAUUAAGAAUUUAAGGUUGAACUAUUCAGGCAGAUAUGAACCUCUUUUAAAUUACGUCUAUUGCGUAACUCUCAGUUUCUUGUUUUUAUUCAAGGAGCAUAUCUUAGCUGACCGUAGGUUGAGAUAUUCUUCUGGUGGCAUGGCCCUUCUUUAUCUUCGCUCAUUUUAUUCAUUCUGUCACAAACAUAUGUUCGGGUGCUCUUCUGUUGGAAUGCCUUUUUCUUGUCUUAAAUUGUUGUUACACUUUAGUUCUCUCAUUUUCGGCUUGACACGUUUCAAUUGCUCAAUGAGGUAUUGUAGUUUUUUGAAAUUUUAAAGAUGAAGUUGUCGAUUGUUAUUGACUCCCUCAGGCCGAAUUUCUUCAAGAUAAACCUGAGUGCGUAUGAGAAAACAUGACGACAUACGCUUAUGGAUGUAAUUUCCUUUUUCUGAGAUUUUCUCAAAAAAAGAAAAAGAAAAAAAGAUGACAACUCAAGAAAAUGUACUCCUUGCAAAUCUGUUCCAUCACGUUAAUGCUGGCUUGGAUUAUUGCUUGUUACUCUUUUAUUCAUAAAAGCAUCCAGAAUGUCUCAAACGACACCAGGAUAUGCACAUACAAUACGUUUUUCUUCGGUUAGAGAGAUCAUAGAUGUUUCAUGCGAUAUAAAGUCAAUGUUCGUCGUUCAUCUACAUCAUAAGCGAUCAUAUCGCCUGUUUUACUUCGGAUAAGAUCAUUUCAUGGACAAGUGGAUUCAAAACAUUCAAGCUAUUGUUCUUCGCCCUUGGAUGUGAGACUCUGCGAAUUCUUAAGAUCCAGGGAGAUAUAUCCACCAUCUAUGGAUGCUUGUGCUCUUCGGGAUUCUACUCUUACAUGUAUUCAUGUAAGAGAAUGUGAUUUAAACUGAUGGAUGGAUUUUUGUGAAUCAUUGAAGAGUUUGCACUACACUAGACAGUUUGACGAGGUACUGAUGUAACAACGAAAAAGGGAACAUCAUACCUACACAUUUCUGAUUUGAUUUACAAAAUUAAGGUAUACAUUGAAUACUAAUAUAAAUGCUGUGUAUGCCUAUCUGUCACCCCAUUCUUCGAAAAGAAGAAAACACUGAUAUAGGAGAGAAAGCAGCUUACAGCGAGGAGCUUAAACCACUAGUAAAUCCAGUUGUUUUACUCUCUGGCCAAUUUGACCCGAUCUGACCCAGAAUCGAACAGUUUUCCGGCAGCAGUGCUUCUAUCAAAGGAAAAUAUUGAAGUAUGAUACUCAAGGGGAGGGUAGAGGAUGAAGAGGUAAGAGAACGGUGGAAGAAGAGGAGAAAUGAUUUCUUAAAAAUAAAAUCACCUUAGCGAAUGUUAGCAAAAGAUUCACUAUGUUUGUCACAAAGGAACUCAUUCUGCCAUGUGUCCUUUUUAUUCAGUAAAAAUAUUCUUUACCCUUUUUUACUUGUAUAGCAGGGGAGGCCUGUUUUUAUGAGAUUUCUAUUAGAUUGCUGCCUGGUCUCAGUUUGGUUCACUUCUGAGUUUCUUGGCACUGUGCUGUCAACCUAUGUAUCUGCUGAGAGUUCUCUUCCCUGUGUCACCUGCAUAAUCCUUUUGUACGAGGCCAUCAAUCCCAUCGAAUUGUUCUACUGGCAGAUGUGAAAGGAAGAAAAUGAGGAACGUCAGUCUAGUCUAGCGUUGGUGAAGCUGAGGAAUUUAGUUUGGUACUAUCAUAAUUGCCAAUGUUAAUUUCUUGAACAUCGGGAGAAGACAAAACAUGAGAUUCUAGAGGCAGUUCUUUACAAAGAAAAUGAUGUUUAGUGGGAUAAUAUAUCUGUGGGUAUAUCCCAUUGUCAUGAAGAUUAUUUGGUUGGAUAUUUUAGGAAAAGGUUUUCAGAAAAAUAGAACAGUGUCGAUUCUCAUCAAGUAGACUGCGAAGACAGCCCCCUAUGUUCUGGAUUAUUCAAAGGUUUUCGAGGGUGAAGGAUAUGGCGCUCAGCAACACGUAGUGUAAUAAUUAAGCUUGGAUACCUUAACUUUAAGGAACAGGUAUUCAAGGUACUCAAGGGAUAACUUUAAGAAUACUUAUCUCUACGUUAAGGAUUUACCUUGAAUACCUUUUAUCCAUGUUAUUUGCAUGUCAUUGGAUGGAAAAAUACCAUCCCAAUGCGUUUGGUCUUUUCUGCGAAAGCUGAAUUAGGCUUAUCCAUCUUUGAUCCAAUGGUCCUUUAAUGUUUCGUGUGGAAACAUGUGUCACUGUCUUUGGUGUGUAUGAUUAUGGUGGGCAUUCUGUAUAUACAUACAACUGCUUUAUUUAUUUUAUCGAUCUUGUUCUGAUAUCACCUGGAUCCUAUAAAGUAAAAUCCAUUGUGAACUGGUUAGUGACCCAUACCAACAGUCAUACUGGCCAAGUAGACAUCUUUUCUUGAUUUACUUGGAACAUUUAUGUUCUUUUAGUUGACGAUUGUAACUGUCUGAUGCUUCAGGUUGUUCAUUUUCGGACAUUGGAGAAGCCGAAAGAGGAUGAUUUCUGCUUAGAGCUGUAUGAACUCAAAUUAUGAUGUUUACCUGAAUUAAUUUUGCAUGUUACUAUUCAUUCAAUUUCUUAUGGAUAUUUUACUCUAGGUCAAAGCUCUAUACAUACGAUGAUGUCGUGGAAAAAGUUGCCCAACAUAUUGGUUUGGAGGAUCCCACAAAAAUUAGGCUUACAUCGCAUAACUGCUACUCUCAGCAACCUAAGCCACAGCCGAUUAAAUAUCGGGGUGUAGAGCAUUUAUCAGAUAUGCUUGUCCAUUAUAACCAGGUUUGGAUAUCCUGUUUCUAAGUUUAUAACAGUGAUUAGUUUUAUCAUUCAGAUAUUUUUGUGGUUUGAAGCAUUCUAAAUAUUUCCUUAUGAAACAGACCUCUGACAUAUUGUAUUAUGAAGUAUUGGACAUUCCUCUGCCAGAGUUGCAAGGUUUGAAAACUCUGAAAGUUGCUUUCCAUCAUGCCACGAAAGAUGAGGUUUGUACAAUGUUGUAUGUCACUUUUCUCAUAUUUUCCCAGCUACAAGUUUGGAUCUACGUGUGAAAAAAUAAACUGGUUGUUAUCAGGUGGUGAUUCACAGCAUAAGAUUACCAAAGAACAGUACAGUUGGUGACGUGAUCAAUGAUCUGAAAACAAAGGUAAUGUGUUCUUCUCUGACUUAGGAUAAGAGGAUCGUAUUUUGUUUGAGUAUUGCAUUCUUUUUCACGCAUGAAAUCACUUUACACACUUUGAAUAUUCCCUCAUGCUAUUGUUGCUCUGUCGUCAUUCUAAGUUAUUGUUGUUUCUGGAAUAGGUUGAAUUGUCUCAUCCUAGUGCAGAACUUCGAUUGCUUGAGGUCUUCUACCACAAAAUAUACAAGGUACUAUUGUGGGUAUUCAAUAUCAUUCUGUUUGAAUUGGAAGGCGUUAUAUCAGUGGAUGUCUCUAAGUUAAAAACUGACGGCAUCUCUUAAACUACCAAAUUAACAAGGAGUAAGUCGGCCCUCACUUAAAACCAACUUGACAAUCAUUUGUCUUAUUUCUUGACCAUAAGUUGAUAGUAUUUGGUUCUGGCAAAUGUAUGCUGAACAAUCGGUAAAAUAUUCAUAUACUUGUUCUCUUACCGUUGCCAGCAUGCACUAGGGUGUGCAGACCACAUCUUAGGAUAAAGCCUUAUCUUGUUUUAUUAGAUGAAUUUUGAAGACUUGAUAAUGGUAUCAAGAUUCCUCAGUUGAUGGUGAACAAGUGUUCAGGUGCUUUCAUUGUUCUCACGUUUUGUUAUCGGAUGUGGAUAAGAGUCCGGCAUUAGUAUAUCCUGUCAAGUAGGGCUUCCUAAUGCCCCACUAACUUUGCUUUUGAUGGAUGCAUAAAAUUAGGGAGUUUGUCAUUUUGAAAAUGGCAUGCUGAAGUUUCUCCCAUUUUUUUCGUAGAAUUUUAGCACUGAUAUUCUUUUAUGCCAAAUCACAGAUACAUUAUGCCUCGUUGUGUUACCUUUUCUUCAUACCUGUGAAGAAUGGGCAUUCUGUUAUUUUUUUUUUAGAGAUGUCCAACUGAGUGACUAGUGCCAAGAUUUCCUAUUUUGCUCUACCUGAAAUAUUGAGAACGGGCUUAUCCAUGGGCUCUAUGGUUCAAGUAAAGGUGUGGAUUUUUAUCUUCGCUCACAAAACAUUGUGCUGAGUGGUGAAAUUGAUAGCUCAACGAGGAUUCUCGUGAAGAUAUUUUAUUUACAAUUUCGAAGAUAUUUCUCUUCUCUCUCUACUGGAGAAAAAAGUGGGUUGUCUUUACAGAGCGGAAAGUUACAUCAAUCGAUUAGUGACUGGCAAUUGUUCUCUAUAUUUUGUGCAAUUGUUUCUCUUCUAGGGUAUGGUAUGGUUGUGAUCCCAGAUUGUUCUCUGCAGAUCUUCCCUGCGAGUGAGAAGAUUGAGAAUAUAAAUGAUCAGUACUGGACGUUGCGUGCGGAGGAGGUGUGUUGACUCCUUUUUUAUUCGCUUUGCAUAAGUUAAAGAACGAAUCUCCUUUUGUGUCUCCCAGACCUGCGAAUAUGGAAUCAGUGUUGUACAGCACGAUUUGUGUGUGUUAGGAUAAUAAAAAGCAUGACUUGAGUUCUUUCACAACACUGACCGUUACAAGUCGAUGCAGGUCCCAGAGGAAGAGAAAAACCUUGGUCCUCAAGAUCGCUUGAUUCACGUGUACCAUUUCAUGAAAGAUCCCCAGAAUCAGAUGGUAAAUGGCGUUCCUCGCUCGCUUGGCAUCUUUUGAGCAUCAGUGGAGGGGAGGGAAUGCUUUUUUUUUUCUUUUUUUUUUUUUUGUUUGUUUGUUUGUUGGUUGCAUGGCAUGAUUGACCUUGGGCUCACCAUUGUUUGACUGUCCACAAAAAACCCCACCACGGUUCUUAGCUCCACACGUCUCAUCAGAUGAGUUUUCCCUCAAUAUGGCAUUCUGUUAAACAGCAGGUCCAAAACUUCGGGGAACCGUUCUUCUUGGUUAUUCAUGAGGGCGAGACCUUGGAGGAGGUCAAAGUUCGUGUUCAGAAGAAGUUGCAGGUGCCCGAUGAGGAAUUCUCCAAGGUAUUCCAACAAUCUUUAUUUAUUUAUUUGGAGGGUAUUUGCCGACUUUCUACCUGUUUCAUCGCUAUCACCAAGAAUUUGCAAGAAAUAUGAGCCUUUACUACCUCCAUACAUCUGAUCUAAAACCAUGUUCUCUAUUUUCUUUUGCGCCACUAUUGUAAGUAAUCCAUCUGAGAAGGGCCCCAACCCACAAUGCCAUCAAUAGCAGCACUGUUGAGGUCAUGGUUCACCUUCACCUUGUAUGGCAGAAGGUGUUCCGUUGUGCUUUGGGGAUCGAGUCAUGCCUUGGUGUGCCACGCGGCAGCAAAGUGGGCUUUGGUCAACGCCUGGAUUCCACGUGGGUGUUAGAUAUCUAGGAUCUGUGGGAGAAGAUUAAACGCAGGGCCUUUAUAGACUCGGGUUUAUUUCUCAGCUCCCCGACGGGAGAAGAUUAGGAGCUCAGAAUAAGGCCAAACUCAUAUGACAACUUUUCCUUGCCCUUUGACCAGUGGAAGUUUGCGUUCCUGUCCCUCGGCCGGCCAGAGUACCUCAAAGACUCGGACGUGGUGUCUCAUCGCUUCCAGGUCAACCUCUGCUCCGUGCUUCCCACCGCAUACUUGUACUCUGUUCCGGUUAUUUAUAUCUACUUUUCUUUUGCACACCGACUUCACAACCAGAGACGAGAUGUCUACGGUGCCUGGGAGCAGUACCUCGGCCUGGAGCAUUCGGACACCGCCCCAAAGAGAGCCUACACCGCAAACCAGGUACUCUCUCUCUCUCUGGUUCUUGAGUGGAGGGCAUCGGGGUCAACUCUCCCUCCCUCUUAGAAGAACUAUCUCAGGGUUUUUCAUACAUCUUUUUGGAUUGGGCAUUGGAGAUGCGGCUCAAGUUAGCAGUCUGUUCGAUCAUCGACCAUUUCCUGAGAAUCAAAAGAGGCAUCCGGGAGUUUAUCUUAUCGGGUUCCAAUCAUUUAUUUUUUGAUUUUGUUUUGUUUUAACAGAACCGCCACACUUUUGAGAAACCAGUGAGGAUUUACAACUGA